UCCGAGGGGGUGGGGCUGCUGGGAAUGGCUGUUCGCCCUUCUCCUCCUCUGCCCGGCUCCCUAUUUUACCUGAAGAGGCAAAGAUCUUGCCCACAGUGCACAUGGGGCAUGGAGGAGAAGACAACGGCACAGUCCGGGGCCAGCGGGGCCAGCCGGGAGCUGCCAGGCCCCCGGAGGAUAUCUGCGGUCCAGUACUUCAAUACUGCAGUGGACCAAAAUCACAUCCUUCCCGGAGCCCUCCGGCUCAUCCAGGAGCUGCGCCCGCACUGGAAGCCCGAGCAAGUUAAGACCAAGCGCUUCACUGAUGGGAUCACCAACAAGCUGGUGGCCUGCUUUGUGGAAGAUGACAUGAAGGAUGCAGUGCUGGUCCGUGUCUAUGGGGAGCGGACAGAGCUUCUGGUGGACCGGGAGAAUGAAGUCAGGAACUUCCAGCUCCUUCGGGCCCAUGGCUGUGCGCCCAAACUUUAUUGUACCUUCCAAAAUGGCUUGUGCUAUGAGUUUCUCCCAGGCAUGGCUUUGGGGCCUGAGCAUAUCGUUGAACCCCGACUCUUCAGGCUGAUUGCCCGGGAAAUGGCGAAAAUCCACGCCAUCCAUGCCAAUGGCUGCCUGCCUAAACCUGGCCUGUGGCCCAAGAUGUACAGCUAUUUCACUCUUGUCAAGAAUUCUUUCAACCCCAGCCUUUCCCAGAGCAUACCCAGUGUGGAAGUCCUCGAACAGGAAAUGGCCUGGUUGAAGGAGCACCUUUCCCAGCUGGAUUCUCCCAUAGUGUUUUGCCAUAAUGACCUGCUUUGCAAGAACAUCAUCUAUAAUGAAAAGAAAGGUCAUGUCAGAUUCAUAGACUAUGAAUAUGCUGGCUACAAUUACCAAGCCUUUGACAUUGGCAACCACUUCAAUGAGUUUGCAGGUGUGAAUGAGGUGGACUAUAGUCUCUACCCCAGCCGGGAGACUCAACUUCGAUGGCUGAAUUACUAUCUGCAGGCCCACAAGCAGCUCUGCAAGGAAGGCUGGGGUGGAACAGCUGUGACGCCCAGAGAAGUGGAGAAGCUCUAUGUACAAGUUAACAAGUUUGCUCUGGCCUCUCAUUUUUUUUGGGCAUUCUGGGCUCUCAUCCAGAACCAGUUCUCUACCAUCGACUUUGACUUCCUCAGAUAUGCGGUGAUCAGAUUCAAUCAAUACUUCAAGGUGAAGCCUCAGGUGUCGGCCUUGGAGAUGCCAAAGUGACCGGCCUCCCGCCCUGUCUACCCAGCCAGACCUGCUCUCCUCAGGGCUCCUGCUUGGCUCUGGGGCCUGUGCCUAAAGGGCCGGAGCAAGAGAGGGAUGCAGGUGGGGUCUCUCCGGUGGGGCAGUGGAGAAGCCCAUGCCCUGUGCCACCGACCCCAAAUUAAAGCCGCCGUAGACCUCGCUCCCCCCCCCCCCCACCCCCUGUCUGGCUUCAGCCUCUGAGGCUGAUGGAACCAGCUCAGGGUACCCUUCCCCUUCCCCUUCCCAGACUUUGGUGGGGGGGAAGGGGAGUGCCUGUAGAAUACCAGGGAUGACCAACCUUCUAGAACAGGGACCAAGAUAAUCAAUGGGAACCCCAGGAUUCCUCCAAAAAUCACCCUACUCUCAUCCCUCUUUGCCAUCAGGGGUGCCUUAUUUAAGUUUUGGAGCCUGCUCAGCUUGGGUAGAGUGUAGAAAGGGCUCCUUUCCACUUCCAAAUGCCCGUAGAUUCUCUAAUUAAUCCUUCCCCCCCCAAUUUCCCUACUUUUCCUAAGCAGAAAGUGAUGAAUUCCCUUCCCUUCAACUAGCCACAUCCCAACACCCCAUAUGUGUGGGUGUGCUUAUCUUGGAUGAGGGGAUCCUCCGUGGGAAAUGCCCCCCCCAUCAGCAGCCUUAUCUGAUUUCCCUGGCACUGCUUCCACUCUUACUUUCUCCAGCCCCAGUUUCUGGUUCCUAAUCUCACCCCACCUCCAACCUAGUUCCACUAUUCCCCACUUGGGUCCUGGGGCUAUGUCCUCUACCCCAUGGCCAGCUCCUGUUGCCUUGAGAAGGCCCAGUGACUAGAGUGCUGAAUAUCUCUCUCCCAAACUGUCAUCGUAAUUGCCUGGGGGAAUCAUGGGGUGCUGUUAGCCAAAGCCUAGGUCAGUAAGUCUCACUGACCUAGAUCCCACCCGCAGCCCCCACCCACCCAUCCAAGAUGCCUACUUAACCUUGUGUUUCUCUUGCAUACACUGGACCUGAAUUAGGGGACCCUCUCAGAAGGUCAGUCCUGGGCAGCAGGGAAGAGGGGACAUACACCAAGAAGCAGAGGCCCCAGGAGAACCAGGGAAUGGGCCCCUGGUUAGGACCUGACCUGAAUGUAGGUAGGGGAUGUCCUGACCUCCUGAAUUCCUUCACCAACCACCACUCUCCCUUAGACAACAAUUAAAUCUUUCCCCAGUCUCCUUUCUGACCCCAGGGCUCCUGGGGUAGGGUGGGGGGACCCUUCUCAGCUCUGGCACAUAAAACAAACUUUGAGAUUCAAAAUGACUGUGGUUUUGUUCUCCAUUAAAAUGGCCGCUUCUGGUUUCUGGUGCUGUUCA